AUGUCGCAGCCCAGGACCUCAUCGAAAUCCAAGUCUUCUUCGAGCAAGGACUCGUCCAAGGUUCAUAAGCUCGCCUUGAAGGGCUCUUCCAAGGUUGUCAAUGAGUUCUUGGAGUACUGUAUCAAUACCAUCCUAUUCCAACGGGGAGUAUAUCCCGCUGAAGAUUUUACCGCGGUAAAGAAAUAUGGCCUGACAAUGAUGGUCACGGCGGAUGACCAGGUGAAAGCCUACAUCAAGAAAAUCAUGUCGCAGCUCAAGGAUUGGAUGUACGGGGGAAAGAUCUCCAAACUGGUUAUUGUCAUUACCAGCAAAGAGACGGGCGAGCACGUUGAGCGGUGGCAAUUCGAUGUCCAGAUAUUCGGCAAGAACUCAAAGUCGAAAUCGUCCAAAAAGGCGAACGACAAUGAAAACUCAGUGCCAGAAGCAAACGAUGCUCCUGAAGAGAAGACAGAAGCCGAGAUCCAAGCUGAAAUCCAAUCAAUAUUCCGCCAGAUUACAGCAUCAGUCACUUUCUUACCUAUGCUGGACGGCAACUGCACGUUCAACGUGCUAGUCUACGCGGACGCCGAUUCCGAGGUUCCGCUUGAAUGGGGCGACAGCGAUGCGAAAGAGAUCAAGAACGGCGAGAAAGUACAGCUGCGGAGUUUCAGCACGAGCAAUCAUCGCGUUGACACACUUGUCAGCUACAGGCUCGCGGAUUAG